GAAAGAAAUGGAGAAACGCUGCAGCUUCGAAUCCUAUACGGCGUGAUGACGUAGGUGGGCGGGGCACGUUAGCCGGCGGGUGACAGGGGGACGAACCGGAGCGAGAGAGGAAAAAAAAACAGCAACAUCCGGAAACCUAGCAGGCACAGGAGUGAGGCGCAAAAUGGCCGCCCGGAACUAAGCCGGAGCCGCAGAAGUUUGAGGUCCAUUGUGAUGGUUGAUUUCUUUACAAGCGAACGGCUGUCCUAAGAACGAUCUUCCACAACAAAGUCUUAACUGUCUGUUUAGCAUCGUCUCUGGAAGAAGUUGCACAGAUACAUGUGUUUUAAUGAAGAGGGGGGAGAAACCCGAGGGAUACAGGCAAAUGAGGCCCAAAACAUUCCCAGCAAGCAAUUAUCCUGGCAAUAGCAGGCAGAUGCUGCUGGAAAUCCGCGAAAGUCUCCGCCAUCUGCCCAAACCAUCUGAUGUGGUGAAGACUGAGCAAGGGCCAGCCAAAUCGGAGGAUCCCAGGCAGGGACGUAAUCCUCCCAAGUUUGUCACAUAUCACAAGGCUUUGGCUGAGAUUCGGAACUCCUUGCAGCCUUUUGCCAACGUGACAAGUACAUCCCAGAGAGGAGGGAAUGAAGUCAACAGAAAGAUGCUUCAUGACCUACAGAGUGCUGGGUUUGAUGAGGACAUGGUGGUUCAAGCCUUACAACAGACAAAUAGUCGCAGCAUAGAAGCAGCAAUUGCAUAUAUUAGCCGAAUGAGUUACCAGGAGUCCUAUCGGGAGCCACAGAUCACCCCUGCAGCAAGAUCUAUCAACACAGCAAUGAAGCCUCCAGGUAGCAUCCAACAUUCUGUGAUUCGCAGACAGAGCUGGAAAGGUUCAAAGGAGUCUCUAGUCCCACAGAGACACAUAUCACCAUUGUCUGACAGCGUUGUAUAUGGUGGAUCGGAAAUGCCGGGUUCCCAAUCGGAGAUGGGAAGACCGCUUUCUGGAUCAGGCCUCCCUGCCUUUGCCCAACAAAUGCCAGUAAAUGGCCAGAGAGUGAAUCCACCACCGCCACCGCAAGUAAGAAGUGUUACACCUCCACCACAACCUCCUCCCAGAGGUACAACUCAAUCACCACAAUCCUGGGAACCCAACUCUCAGACAAAGCGUUAUUCUGGCAAUAUGGAAUUCCUUAUUUCCCGUAUUUCCCCAGUCCCAUCUGGAGGUUGGCAAGAGGGUUAUCCUCCUCCAAAUAUUAACUCUAUGCAAAUGCUUAACCCACAAACUCAAGGACAGAGGUCUAUGAAUUCUGUUCCAGUGGGAAGGCAGCCCAUCAUCAUGCAAGGUUCUGGCAACAGUAAGUUUGGUUAUUCGGUGAGGCCUGGCAUCCAGAAUGGUAAUGGGCAAACUGAAUUCAUAACACACCAGGGGGGGAGCAAUAUGGGGAGGUCCCAACCUCCGUCAUAUGCGGUUUCAAAUGGUCCAAACAAUACAGCAUUACAGAUGCAAGGGAGUAAUGGACCCAUGUCACCUUCUGCUUAUAGUAAUGGAAAUAUGCCCUCAUCUGUGCUAGCACCAAAUCGAAACAGCCACAAUAUGGAGCUAUACAACUUAGGCAUGCCGAGUCACCCAACUUCAUGGCCUCAGUCCUCAUCAAACCAAUCACCUCCAGGGAAUCAUGAGAUGACACCUUGGCAAAACAAUAUACCUGUAAGGUCCAAUUCUUUCAAUAAUCCAAUGGCAAUUCGCCAGGUGCAUCCUGCUAACACACAGCCUUCUGCCACAACUGUGACUGCAAUCACUCCUGCUCCUAUACAGCAACCUGUAAAAAGUAUGAGAGUGUUAAAGCCAGAGCUUCAGACUGCACUGGCCCCAGCUCAUCCCUCUUGGAUGACUCAGAGUAUACAGCCAGGACUUUACUCUGAAGGAGUUCCUCACAACAAUGGCUUGCUGCCAUCACAAACUGAAGCACCAAAUUAUCAAGGACCACCCCCUCCUUAUCCAAAGCACUUACUACAGCAAAACACUCCUGGGUACGAGACAGGCCUGAAAUCAAGCAAAGAAGAAACACCUUUGUCUUCCAGUAUCCAGGAAGAUGGCGAUAAGAACUCUGAGACCACUAUGGAAACCACAGAGAAAGAAAAGAAACAGAUCACUACAUCACCUGUGCCAGUCAGAAAGAACAAGCGAGAUGAAGAGAGAAGGGAGUCUCGUAUUCAGAGCUACUCACCUCAGGCUUUCAAGUUCUUCAUGGAGCAGCAUGUGGAAAAUAUACUAAAAUCUCACCAUCAGAGACUACACCGCAAGAAGCAGCUGGAAAACGAGAUGAUGCGAGUUGGACUGUCACCAAAUGCCCAGGACCAAAUGAGGAGAAUGCUGUGUCAGAAGGAAUCUAACUACAUCCGGCUUAAGAGAGCCAAAAUGGAUAAAUCCAUGUUUGUAAAAAUCAAGACUCUUGGAAUCGGUGCCUUCGGAGAAGUGUGUUUAGCCAGAAAGACUGAUACCAAUGCUUUGUACGCAAUGAAAACUUUACGGAAGAAGGAUGUGUUACUGCGCAACCAAGUAGCCCAUGUCAAGGCUGAGCGAGAUAUCUUAGCGGAGGCAGACAAUGAAUGGGUAGUACGACUGUACUAUUCUUUCCAGGACAAGGACAACCUAUACUUUGUCAUGGAUUAUAUUCCAGGUGGUGAUAUGAUGAGUCUCCUGAUUCGCAAGGAAGUUUUUCCUGAGGACUUGGCCCAGUUCUAUAUAGGAGAACUUACCUGUGCUGUUGAGAGUGUUCACAAAAUGGGCUUCAUUCACCGUGACAUCAAGCCUGACAACAUCCUUAUAGACCGUGAUGGCCACAUAAAGCUCACAGAUUUCGGGCUAUGCACUGGGUUUCGGUGGACUCAUGACUCAAAGUAUUAUCAGAGUGGCGAGCACCUGCGACAAGACAGCAUGGAUUUUAGCAAUGAAUGGAGUGAUCCAGCAAAUUGCCACUGUGCUGACCGACUUAAACCUCUUGAGUGGCGAGCGGCAAGACAGCAUCAGCGGUGCUUGGCGCAUUCUCUGGUUGGCACCCCCAACUACAUAGCACCAGAGGUUCUAUUGCGUACAGGAUAUACGCAGCUUUGUGACUGGUGGAGUGUUGGAGUCAUUCUUUAUGAAAUGCUUGUUGGAAAGGCUCCAUUCCAUGCAGGGUCACCAAUGGAAACACAAAUGAAAGUGAUCAAAUGGCAAACCACGCUGCACAUCCCUCCUCAAGCAAAUCUUUCCCCAGAAGCUUCUGAUCUAAUUGUGAAGCUGUGUCGGGGCCCUGAAGAUCGUUUAGGCAAGAAUGGCGUUGAUGAGAUUAAAGCUCACACUUUUUUAAAAAAUAUUGACUUCUCUAGUGAUUUGCGACAGCAACCUGCCCUUUAUAUUCCAACCAUCACUCACUCUACAGACACUUCCAAUUUUGACCCAGUAGAUCCAGACAAACUCUGGAAUGAUGAAGACAAGGAUGGAAAUAAAAAUGACACCCUGAAUGGGUGGUACAAGAAUGGCAAACACCCUGAGCAUGCAUUCUAUGAGUUCACUUUCAGGAGGUUCUUUGAUGAUAAUGGACACCCAUACAAUCACCCCAAACCCAUUGAAUAUGACUAUGAUGAAACACAGGACACUGGCCACCAACAGCCUAAUAUAGAAGCGAGUGAUCCUGUUGCGAAGAGACCUCCAAAUAGGGAUUUAGUUUAUGUAUAAAGAAGGCACACACAUGGAUUCUAGAUUCUAGUCAAUCAUGACGAAUGACUGAAGUAAGUUUUUGUUUCUGCUACACAAGAAACCUGGAAAAAACCCCAGAAAUGAGCCCAUUUAGCGUGCAGACUGUAUUGCUUCUGCACUAUUGGUAAUGAUAGAUUUCAUGUAAGCAGCAUCUGUCACUGCUAAAUGUUCUAGAACAAUUCUGGAAUGCACCCCACUGACUUUUUAAACUAGGAAAGGACAUUUGUCUUACUGCAGCACCUUGUUUUUACACUUUUUGUGAUUAUAAAGUACUCUGUUCUAUUGGGCACAUAAUAUAGUUCUUAUGAAUGGACUGGGGAGUUUAACUUUAAUAAACUGCAAAGGUACAAUUUUUGCAAGACAAUGAGGGACAUUUAUAUUAAAAGGUUGCGUCAAAGUCUCAAACCAGUUAUAUUUCAAUCUUGGAUAUGUAGUUGCAAGUAUUUAUAAAUCCUAAAUAAUCAUUUGAAUUAUAUGUGGGUCCUAUCAAGGGAUUUAAAAGUAAAUUUUGUCUGUCCGAUACUUCACAUUUAGUUUUUAAAUCAUUGCACAUGACACAAACGUCAAUAACAACAAACGAGGAAACAUAAUUGUUUGGGGGAUGUUGUUUUUUUGUUUUUUUUUAGUUAUGAGGUAUUUAUAAAAUAUAUUAAAGCAUUUGUUCUGUCUUUGUCACAAGAAUGUGAUUAGAAUUGUACCGUGCUACUUUUAUCUCAUGGCACUGGAAAGCAAUCCUUUUGUGAAUGUCCCUCAAUAUAGGUGAAAAUUUUACUUCUACGUGUCAUCUUGGUUACUAGUUCUUUUAAAUUGUAUUUAGAGAUUAUAUAUUGUUUAAACAAGAAUUAAAACAAUAAAAUUGUUAGUAAUGGUGUAUAGAAGAAA